AUGAAGGUGGACGAAUUCUGCGAAUACGCCAUGACCGUCUACACCGAAGGCGUGACCUAUUCCGGUCGUCUCAAAUUCUUGAUGAAUUGCGAUUCUCUUCUGUUCGCCCAUGAGGCUGCCUAUCAGACACACUACUCGCAUCUACUCAAGCGAGACGGACCACAACAGAACUACAUUGCCGUGAAGCGGGACUGGAGUGAUCUCGAGGAGAAGGUCAACCACUAUUACAAUGAUGCCGACGAAGCGGCCAGGAUCAUCACCAAUUCUUUGCAAACUUUCCGCAGCCGCUACACGACACGUGCAGCGACAUCUUGCUACAUCCGAAAACUGAUCCGAAGAUACGGUGAAGUGUCCGAGGUUCCAGAAGUCCACGUAUCUAUGAAAGACAGCAAUGGUGUCCGACUACGUGGGUACUCGUAUGAGAAAUUCAUGGACAAGCCCGCAGAUCUGAAUUUUGAAGCUCUCGAAUGA